AGUAGCGCUUUUGCUUUGAUGUUUUCUUUGUAAAGACAGCCAACAGAAAAACCAAUAUCAGCAGUCAAUCGUUCUCCGCAUAUAUGCUUAAAUUUUGUUGAAUUUAUAGGAUUCAGUUAUCAGUUUGCCGCAAAACCACUUCCGCAAUGCAUCCAUCCCCACUUAAGAUGACUUCCUUCCUACUUUUUUUGGUUUUUGAUUUUGUCAGAGGUGUGUACAUACCGGAUGUAGCGUUGGUUCAGUUUUAUCUAUGGGGCGAUAAGACGCCAACCAGUCUGCAGUUCGCAGCUCCCGUGAUGGCUAAGGGAGAGGACGAUCUCGCACCGUACAAGGAUUUUCUGAAUAUAACCAGUGUCCUCAUCUACGACCGCAAUGUGACGACGUGCGACGGGAUAAACCAAAAAGCAGCAUUCUGGGCUACUCGUUAUUAUUUCCAUGAGGCGGUCGGAAAUCCAGUUAUGGCAUUUUUUAGCCCCGGAUGCUCUUCUGCAGCGUCAUCUCUGGCUGCUCUGGCAAGAUCUUUUAAUAAACCGAUGCUGGCUACCACAUGGGGAGACGAUUCUACUUUUUCCAAUAAGAGGCGUUUCCCAACACUAGCCAAUUUCUCUCCGUAUAUCGACUACAGUCUGAGCAUGUUCAUAUUCAGACUGCUAAAUCACUUCAACUACAACACUGUGGGGAUAUUGUGUGAUGAUGCCAACGACAAUUUGUCCCUUUAUAUUCCAAUGUGCUCAAAUGUGUUCGAUUCACUUCGUCUAACGUAUAAUUUCAGCGCGAGCCGGUUUUACGUGAAUGCGACAGACGAAAACAAUGUGAAACAUUAUCUUGAGGAGAUUAGAGCUGUAGCUCGGGUUGUCAUCAUUAUUGCCCACGGUGACCGGAUUCGUUCAAUCAUGCUGGCAGCAUCCGAUAAGCAGAUGACGGGGGGCGAUUAUGUUUAUUUCACAGUUGAGCUAUUUCCAAGCGCAAGAUAUUUCGGCAGUAUUGCCUGGAAUACCGGUGAUGCCGAUGAGCGUGAUGCGGAUGCCCGAACCGCCUUCCGUUCCCUCUUCAAAAUAUCUCUCCGCAGUCCGGAUGCCACGCCUGAAUACCGUAAUGUUACUGAUGAAAUAAAAAUGCUGUCAAAAACAAGAUUUAACUAUACAUACGCCCCUGGAGAAGACGUCAAUCCAUUCGCCAUGGCGUACUAUUACGCCCUCGCUGUAUACGCGCAGGUGCUAAACCAAACCAUAGCGUUUGGAGAAAAUCCAAAUGACGGAGCUAAUACGAGCAGAACCAUGAGGAAUCGCACUUUCACCAUAUUAGGACAUGAUAUCACCAUUAACGAUAACUGCGAUCGCGAGGCGGAUUGGACACUCCACCAAAUGGAUGCUGAAACUGGAAUGUUUAUGCCUGUGUUGGAGUAUCCUGCCAAGCGUAAAGUCCUGGAACCUUCUCGUGACCCAGUGGAGCACAGCGUCCGCGAGAUUGUUUGGUACAAGCGUGAUAGUCCGCCUCCUAACGAACCGAAAUGCGGCUAUCGUGGAGUAAAACCGGCAUGCAAACCUACAGAGCAGCGUUACCAAUACGAGCAGCUGGUGGCCGCUGUCGUGAACUUGUUUGAAGUGAUCAGAGGAAUGAUGGCAUAAUUCUACUGUCUGGCUUAUCACUUCCUUGGAUUUCAAGGAAAAUAAUUUCUUCAUUUAAUGAAGUUUGUAAAACAGCGGGAAAAAAAGGUGAAAGGCUCCACAAGAGGUUCAACAUUAACGUUCAAAAAAGCAAUCGAUUUUUCUUCGAUUAACUUUGAGCUUGCACAACGCUUUCGUUAAUAUAUACCGGGCGCAAGCCUUCUCUUCAACAUAUUAUAUAGGCGUGUAAAUUGUCUGACUCUUUUAGUUUCGUUUUAAAAGAGCAAUUUUUAAGAAAAACAUUCUUUUUUUAUAACUUGGCAUUAUUCAUAACUGUGAAGUCUGCGUGUGCGUACUAUAAUACGCAGAAUACAGAGACCGGAAGUAGCCCCGACAGCUGGACAUGUAUAAGUUUCGUUAAUAAUU